AUGGAUAGCACUUACAAGACCUGUAGGUAUCGAAUGCCAUUACUUGAGAUUAUUGGUGUUACAUCUACUGAAAUGGCAUUUUGUGUGGGAUUUGCAUAUCUACAGUCUGAGCGUGUUGAUAACUUCACAUGGGCACUACAAAUGGUGAAAGAACAGAUUACAAGUGGUGAAGUUGAAGUCAUCGUUACUGAUAGAGACCUUGCUUUGAUGAACGCAGUUGAAAAUGUUUUUCCAAAAGCAGUGAAUUUAUUAUGCUUGUUUCAUAUAUGCAAGAAUGUCAAAGCCAAGUGCAAGAUGACCGUGUUUUCAAAAAAGAAGCAAGUGCAAAUAAUGGAGGCAUGGGAGGCUCUUAUUUACAGUUAUGAUGAGGCUCAAUACUACAUGAAGUUGGCUAUCUUUGAAGGAAUUUGUAGUAGCUGUUCGAUUUUUUAUCAUUAUGUACACGAGCAGUGGUUAAUUCCUCACAAGGAAAGGUUUGUUGAGGCGUGGACAAAUAGAGUUAUGCACUUUGGGAACACCACAACACAAAGGGUUGAGUCGGCACAUUGGAGUUUGAAAAGGAUAUUACAAGAUAGUAUUGGUGAUAUAUGCAGUGUUUGGGAAACCAUCAAUAGCAUGAUUGUAUUACAACACAAUGAGAUAAUAGCAUCAUUUGAAAAGAGCAUCAUUCAAAAGGUGCAUCGUUAUAGUAACAGAUUAUACGCGAAUUUGCGUGGUGUUGUGUCAAAAAAUGCAAUUGAUCACAUUGCGGCAGAGUAUGAUCGCGUGAAGUAUGUAGGUAUUGAUCAGACUGAGUGUCGUUGCACAAUUAGGACAACACAUGGUCUACCUUGUGCAUGUGAAAUAGCCAGGUAUAGUAUGAUCCCACGUUCCAUUCCAUUAGACGCUAUUCAUGGUUGGUGGAGUAAAUUAACUUUCCAUGUUGAUGCAUCGAGUCAACCUUCAGAGUUAUCUGUGAAACAUGAAAUAGAUAUCAUAGUGAAAAAGUUUGAAGAACUUGAUGUACCUGGCAAAAUUUCACUUAAAGGUAAAUUACGAGAGAUCGCGUAUCCAUCGACUAUGUCGAUGUUUCCACCGGUUGCCAAGGUUAAAACAAAAGGUGCAAAAAAAGGCAAAAGUAAGGUAUCAAAAAGAGAUAAAUCAACCAAGCGUGAUCCAUCUUGGUGGGAGUAUGUGGAUGCAAGUGUUCGAUGUAGUGGUACAAAUGCAUGUAGCACUAUAGAUACCAGUAAAGUAGAAAAGCUAGCACCUCGACCAUCAGUCCAAAAGCUCACACCUCGACCAUCAAUUAGCAAAGUUCAACAACCAAGAGUUCUCCUCUUCAAAGAUUGGUUGCCAGUUGAAAUUCAUAAAUUCAUAGAUGACAUUAUUGAUGUCGGUGAUGAUGGUAAUUGUGGAUAUCGUGCAGUUGCAGCUUUACUUGGAAUGGGUGAGAACUGUUGGGCAUUCAUCCGUCAACAGUGUGUGAUAGAGCUUCAAGAGUUCAUGUCUCAUUACGAGUUACUAUUUGGUGGAGAAAAUUAUGUUCGACAACUUAUACACAAUGUGUAUGUUGAGCAAGUUGCGUCGAAGGAUAAUUGGAUGACACUUCCAGAAAUGGGAUAUGUGAUUGCUUCGAAGUUUAACGUGGUUGUCGUCGCAUUAUCACUUAACCAAUCACAAACAUAUUUUCCACUUCGGAGUCCACCACCAACAUCUAUGUCAGAUCAUCGUGUGAUUGUUAUUGCAUUUGUUAAUAAUUGUCAUUUCGUACAGGUUUACUUAAAGUCAUAUUCCCCUAUACCACCAGCAAGUAAUUUGUGGAAAAAUUAUUGCAAUGAAGAAGCACGACAAUGAGAAUUUAUUUACAGGGAUCGCAUGCAACAUUGGUUGCAGAUAUUUCCAGAAACUAUAAAUGAAGUUAUUGUAAACUGAAUUGUUGAAUUCAAAUCUAAUGAAUAUCCAAAAUAUUGUAUGAAUUCAAAUAAUAUUGUAUGAAUUGUUGAAGUUGUAAACUGAAUUAUUUAAUUAAUAUAGUCGAAAUCCAAAAUAGAUAUCCAAUAUAUCCAAAAUAUCUGUAACCAAAAUAUCUGAAAUCCAGAAUAGAUAUCUAAAAUACAUAUCCAAAAUACAUAUCCAAAAUAAAUAUCCUAAGUCUGUCUAUGUCUCCUACGAUAUGGCACUACAUGAGUCCAAUCUCUACCACCACCCCUCUGAGAUCGCAAUAUCAAAAUUAAUUCAUUCACGAGUGCGAUGCCAUCAGGUAAUACCAGCUGUCGACCAAGAAGCUCCUCUGCAAUUUGUAUUGCUCGACG